AAAAUAAAAUAAAACGCUCGUCGUCGUCUUCAUUCAUCUUCUGUUACUUCCUCCUCCGCACUCCGGUGAUCGACAAUCACACAGAAGUAAUUGUAGAGAAAAAGGGCUCAGAGAUGCAUUCAUUUGGAUACAGAGCAAAUGCUCUGCUCACGUUCUCCGUCACGGCCCUCGCCUUCAUCUGCGCAAUCGCUUCUUUCUCUGACAAAUUCAGCAACCAGAAUCCCUCUGCUGAGAUCCAGAUACUUAACAUCAAUCGGCUUAAGAAGCAAUCUUAUGGCAAUGAUGAGGUUAGCUUGACAUUGGACAUAAGUGCAGACUUGCAGUCACUCUUUACUUGGAACACCAAACAGGUUUUCGCUUUCGUGGCAGCUGAAUACGAAACCCCAAUGAACUCCCUGAAUCAGGUUUCUCUAUGGGAUGCUAUUAUCCCUGACAAGGAACAUGCCAAGUUCCGCAUUCAAACCUCAAACAAGUACCGUUUCAUUGAUCAGGGACAUAACCUUCGUGGAAAAGAGUUCAACUUGACGUUACAUUGGCAUGUCAUGCCCAAGACCGGCAAGAUGUUUGCUGACAAGAUCGUCAUGCCUGGUUACAGUUUGCCAGAUGCAUACAAAUGAUGAAAAGACUGAAGAAAGCUUCUAAGAGUUUUUGAAUUUCGUCUCUUUUAUUCUGUAUAACUACUAUUGGAUUUUUUUCUAAAUAGAAAGAAUAAAAACAUGACCAUGAGAGUUUAGAACGUUGUUUCAACAGAACUAUGACCUAACUCUUUAGCUAUUCUUUUGCUGUUCA